AUGUUGGCAUCCGAUCAAACUUUCACGGAUAACUGUAAUAAGGAAAUGACCGAUAAAACGAGUAAAUUCAGCAGCCAUAAUGUCAUCCAAUUUGAUCGCGAAAGAUUCUGUUUUAUAGUUGCCGAAAAGAUUAAUCAACACGAUGGCCGAUCAUUAGGUACUUUUAGUGUUGAUCUCAGGAGAGGAUGGUGCGAUUGUGGGAGGUUUCAAGCAUUUCAUUUACCUUGCUCCCAUGUAAUCGCAUCAUGUGCUAGUAUACGGCAGGACCACAACAUGCAUAUACCAGAUGUUUUCAAGGUUCUGAGUGUAUUCAAAGUCUACAACGAAAGCUUCCUUGGACUUUUACACCACGAAAAUUGGCUAAUAUAUGAAAGAUUUACUCUUUUCCAUAACGAGACAAUGCGAAGGAAUAAGAAAGGGUGUCCAAAUAGUACAAGAAUUAGAACCAAAAUGGACAAUCUUGAGAAAGAAAAGAGAAAAUGUGGAAUUUGUCGAGAAAUUGGCCAUAUGCAUAGGAAAUGUCUGAAUGUAGCAGGCCCGUCAAAUCGGCCCGUCUAG